UGUACUGAGAGAUGUCUUCCAGGAUCAAGCAAGAAAGUGAAGGAGGGACAGCCCCCUUGCUGCUACGAUUGCAUCCCAUGUGCAGAAGGAAAGAUUGCAAACCAGGAUGAUAUGAAUGACUGUAAGAAAUGUCCAGACAAAGACUAUCCAAGCAAGAACCGGGAUGCAUGUUUACCCAAGGAUAUCAGCUUCUUGUCUUAUGAAGAACCAUUGGGCAUCAGUUUAGCCUGCUUCUCUCUUUCCCUUUCCUUGAUCACAGCUCUGGUACUUGGUAUAUUUAUGAAACACCACGACACACCCAUUGUCAUUGCAAACAACCGAAACCUCACCUACACUCUCCUCAUCUCUCUCCUGCUCUGCUUCCUUUGUGCAUUGCUCUUCAUCGGCCGACCAGAGAAGGUGACCUGCCUCCUCCGACAAACAGCUUUUGGCAUCAUCUUCUCAACCGCUGUUUCUUGUGUCCUGGCAAAAACCUUCACGGUGGUUUUGGCCUUCAUGGCUACAAAACCAGAGUCCAGGAUGAGGAAAUGGGUGGGGAAAGGACUAGGCCACUCCAUUCUCCUUUCCUGCUCCAUGGUUCAAGCAGGGAUAUGUACUGUGUGGCUGGCAACCUCUCCCCCAUACCCAGAUGUGGAUAUGCACUCAGUGACAGAAGAAAUUAUACUAGAAUGUAAUGAGGGGUCUGUGGCCAUGUUUUAUUGUGUCCUCGUCUACAUGAGCUGCCUGGCAACUGUAAGUUUUGCUGUGGCUUUUCUCGCCAGGAAGCUACCGGACAGUUUCAAUGAAGCCAAGUUCAUCACUUUCAGCAUGUUGGUCUUCUGCAGUGUCUGGCUGUCCUUUAUUCCUUCCUAUCUGAGCACCAAGGGAAAAUAUAUGGUAGCUGUCGAGAUCUUCUCCAUCUUAGCCUCCAGUGGUGGGUUGCUGGGCUGCAUCUUUGCCCCUAAAUGUUACAUAAUCAUUCUGAGGCCUGAGCUGAACAACAGGGAACAGUUAAUAAGGAAGAAAAAUUAA